CCUCGUUAUUAGCUGGGCUUAAAGUCUUGGUUUGCAAUUCUCUAGCAGAGGUCAGGUGGGCUGCUCCUUUCUCAACAACAAUUACCGUCUGAAAGCGCACACAUGGCCCUUUAACCGACCUACCACAGUAUCCGGGCUGGCCAAGAGCAUGACUGUCAAAGUACGGCGAGUGGCCGUUAUCGGCGCGGGGCCUGCGGGAGCUAUUGCCACAGAUGCACUUGCCAAGGAGCAGGUCUUCGACACAAUCCGUGUGUUUGACCGGCGGCCGGUCGCCGGCGGGACUUGGAUCCAUACGCCUCAUCUGCCUGCGGCGAUUCCGUCACUGAGCGACUUGCUCGAAGGGAAAGCCGAUGUUCCGGUCCCCAUACCGGUGCAGUUUCCGGCAGAGACAGCCAAGUCGGAAACUGUGAAUAGUCACCAGAGGCGCUUCUCUGACACAGCCCAGCACGAACACUUGCACAGUAAUAUCAUUCCCUCCAUCAUGAGCUAUACCAAUGAGCCGUUCCCGGAAACUCUCUCGCCGCGGGUGCUGGCCAAGUACGGCCCCAAUGCUCCCUUCCGCCACCGCGAGACCAUCCGUGAGUGGGUCGAAGCUAUCUUCAUACGUGAUGGAUACAAUCGCUUCCUUGAGCUCAGCACCACUGUCGAACGAGCCGAGAAACGAGACGGUGAGUGGAUUUUAACCUUACGGAAAGAGAAUCCCGGCCGCGACUACUGGUGGCAAGAACGCUUUGACGCCUUGGUCGUGGCCUCUGGUCAUUACAAUCUUCCAUGGCUACCAGAAAUUCCCGGCCUCCUGUCUUUUGACACGCGCUUUCCUGGCCGUAUUGUCCACAGCAAGCACUUCAGGAACGGCGAUCAGUUCAAGAACAAAAGAGUCAUUGUAAUUGGCGGCUCUGUCUCUGCACACGAAAUCGUUCACGAAGUGCUCCCAUUCGCCCAACAUCCCGUCUACGCAUUAGUCCGAGGUGAGCCGAUCCCGGCGUUUGGAUGGACGCCAUUUCAACACCCACAUAUUUCUCUACUCCGGAAGGAGAUAACAAGGCUCGAUGCGUCAACGGGAGACAUGCACUUCUCGGAUGGCUCAAACCUGAGCGGUGUUGACCACAUCAUCUUUGCCACCGGUUACACAUUCAGCCUGCCAUACCUGGCUCAUGUUCAAGACCGCAUCCAAAAGGCAUACCGCCGCCUACCUGGCGUGUACCAGCACACCUUCGACAUUCUGGACCCGUCGCUGACCUUCAUCGGCAUGCUCGGCGGCGGGUUCACUUUCCGUGUCUAUGAAUGGCAAGCGGUGGCAGUAGCCCGCCACCUUGCCGGUCGAGCCAAGGCUUUGCCCCACAUUGCGGAACAGCAGGCCUGGGAAGCCCAGCGUGUCGCCGCGAAGCGAGGUGGGAAAGACUACUACUCCAUUGCCCCUGACUAUCAGGCAUUCUUUGAGUUUCUACGCGACCUCGCCGGAGAGUCAGUGGCGGGAACGACAGGGCGCAGUCUUCCCAAAUUCAACCCUGAGUGGCUGAAGGAAUGGGCGGGCAUGAUCGAGCCAAAGAUUAAGGGCUUUGAAGAGUCGAGGAGGAAAGCCGAGCACGAGGAACAGGCCAAGGCGAAGAGAGCAGGGAGGGCAAAGCUGUAAAUAUAAGCUCAAGGCUACAGAUUGCUUCUCUACCUUGCU